AUGUCAGCCUUACACGCGACGCAUGCAACCGACCUUGACGGUGGCUGCUAUUCAGGCCAAGAUGUCAAACAGCAAACAAAUACCCCUAAGCGUCUCCCACUCGAUAAUGGUCUACAAUGGGGCUCAGAUCCCAGUUUCUGCUAUCAUGGAUUCUCCUGUCCCAUUGGAACCUGGACGGAAGAACGGCUAGUCCAAAACCUGAUGCGCAACAUGGCAAGCAUGUGCGAUAGCAUGAACAUCGACUUCAACCACGACGCUGAACUGCCCGACUACACAGUCGACUUCCAAAAAACACCAGACAUGGUCCAGUUGAAUGGGCUAGACGUCUCCCAGAUGCCUCGCAAGUACCGAAGCGAAACCCCUGGAUCUAUAUCCUCCUCAAGCACAUCCGGCUCUGAGAAACGAAAAUCCGUUACGCCGUGCUGUUCAGAUGAGAAAAACACGACACCGCCGAAUAAGAAGCGGAAAUGUGUACAGAAGCCUGGUCAGAAGCUUUGUCAUUGUCGGUCGGAGAAGAAGAGGCGGGAGAUUAUUACGCAGAGAUAUCAGGAGGUUUCGGAUCUGGUCCCUGCGCUCGGAAAGCAUAAUUAUACGAGGAAGUAUGUUUUGAAGGAGGCGGCAAAAUUUAUAACGUCGUUGACGGAGGGGAAUGAACUGUUGCGGAAGCAAUUAGAUGCGAUGAAGGAUCAAGAGGAGAGGGAAACACGAGAGACGUUUUUGGGAAAUGAAUUAUAA